GUUUGAAACGUAUGAUGACGUCACAGACAGUGGUCGUCCACUUCCUGGUUGGCGUGUACUUUUGUCAACAAAGCAUCGCGUUAACCAGCUCGGUUUCGUUGGGACUUUUACCACUUUUGUGUAUUUUUGUGUUUGUUUACAAUGUCGACGACCACGCUGUUCGCGGUUCUCCUGGUGCCGCUCUGUUGGCUCUUCUUCCUGGUGGCGGAGGCCGACGUCGGCGUCGGCGGCGGCGGCGGCGGCACGGAACUUAAAGCCGCCUUGAACCACAGUGGCGGGCAGAACCAGAGCAGCGGCGGUGCGAGGAACCACCCGGGUCUGUUUAACGGCUUCAACGUGGACAGUUCCAUGUUCCAGCGGGCCUUGUACGUCCUCAUCGCUUUCACCGGCGUCGGGGUCCUCUACUUCAUUAUUCGGGCUGUGCGGCUGAAGAAGCCCACCCACAGGAAAAAGUACGGGCUGCUGGCCCACUCGGACUCGUUUGAGAUGGAAGCGGUGGAGAGCGACGAGGACAACACACUGUACGAUGCUCGCAACCUGCGCAGAUGAACGCCUCGUUGAAGACGACGACGACGACUUCCAGAGGGAGAACGAGGACCAAACACCAAAGAAGAAAAAGUAUUUUUCUAACAUGUGUCGAUGACGUUGUGACGUUUUUUUUUUUCUUUCUUGCUGAAUGAGGAGGCGGAGUCAGCUCACUCACACUUCCAGUUUUGACGGCUUGUGAUUGGUCCAAAUGACUCUGGCGGGGGUUUUUGCCGCAUGUUGCCAUGCUUAGCACCGUGGCUAAUGUAGCGUGGAACAUCACGCUAAAACAAUCAAAUAAUCUUUUUUUUUUUUUUUUUUUCACUGUGGGAGGGGUAGCGGUCCUCAGGUGCGAUACUGAUGCUGACCAGCAGGUAUCGGUGUGCCGCCAUGACCAAAACGUUUGAAGUUAAAUUAUUUCCUAAUUGCUACUUUUGUAAAUGAAAAUAUUAAAAGUUUAUUCAUUGUA